AUGUCCUUCAAAAUUAAGCAAGUGAGCUCCAAGCUAGUAGGACCAAUGUACAAUUAUUACGAACCAAAACCUGUUCCUGAGUUUGUUGCUCUUUCUGUCUUCGACAAGUUGGUAGAAGAUGAAGAUGAUCAUGAAGCGAUCAUAUAUGUGUACAAACCACCGAACCCAUCAAAUACAUUAUUAGGUCUGAGAUUCAUUGAAGCAACCGCUGAUUGCACUCUCGAUGAGGUUGUUCGGUUCAAGCCAUCUACCUUGUCGAGUUUCAACCCAAAUGAAAGAGGACCAGAUGAAUUGGCUCUUGUUCAGCUUACUAGAUUCACUCGUGGUUCACUAGUGUUGUUCUUUUCCAGCAGCCAUACAGUGGCUGAUGGUGCAUCUGCAAGUCAAUUCGUGGUUGCAUGGAGUCAAGCUUGUCGAGGUUUGGAGAUUCAUCCACGUACUUUGUACGACCGGAACAUAUUGGUUCCCCGAGAUCCACCUAGAGUGGCUUACGACCACAAAAAUGUUGAGGUUGCAAAGAGGAUAAUGUGGUUUAUCAUAAAAGCACACUUCACACCAGAAUUUAUUGCCAAGCUUAAGAGUAAGGCUAACUCUUCGGUUCCGGAUAUUGACAAUGGUGAACAUAGGCCUUAUUCGACUUUUGAGAGCUUGGUAGCUCAUCUUUGGAGAACCAUGGCUAGGGUCCGAGGACUUGCAGAUCUUCAGACAACCGAAAUGAAGAUUUCCGUGAACGGACGAAGUAGGUUGAAACCUUCUGUUCCAGAUGAGUACUUCGGCAAUUUGAUUCUUGCCGCAUUUCCUCAAUCUCGAGUAAAAGAACUUUUGGAUAAUUCUUUGAGCGACACCGCCGAGGUAUUCAUCAAGCUAUAG